AUGGCGGAGGCGCUGCUGCUCGCGUGCCACCUCGCCCUCUCUUUCUCCCUCCUCGCCGCCUCCCUCUCCCACCUCGUCGUCGCCGCCGUCUCCUACCUCUCGCCCUCCUCCCUCCACUACCGCCUCAUCCGUCUGCUCCGCCACCCGCUCAUCUGCCUCCUCCCGCCGCUCCUCGCGCUCCCCUUCGCCUUCCUCCCGCUCGCCUCCACGCCCCUGCUGCCGCUCCUCCUCCUCCCUCCGCUGCUCCCGCUCCCGUUCCUCCCUCCCCACCUCCCGCUUCCCCUCCUCCGCGCGCUCCUCCUCUCCCUGCCGCUCCUCCUGCUCGCCCGCGCGGCCGACCUCCUCGCCGCCUCGUUCCCGGCCUCGGACCUCCAGGCGCACGCGCUCGCCGUCGCGCGCCUCCUCCUCCUCGCCGCGGCGGCGGCCUCCCUCGCCUCGUCGCUCUCCGCCUCCGCGCCCAGGGGCACGACGACGGCCGGCGCCCACUUCGUCGCCGAGGCGGGGCUCGCCUGCGCGGGCGCCGUGGGCGGGCUCUGGGCGGCGCAGAGCGGGCUCAGCCUCUACGUCGACGCGUGCGUGCCCGCGGGGUGCCACCGCCUAGCACAUUCUUCCGUGAAAAAAUUUAAACAUGUGAACGUGAAGGGGUUAUCCAACAUACUGAAGCUAAUUUGGAAAGGUUGA